AUGACGCAGUCUAUUUCAUCAGGAGAUGUGUCUCUUCAGGUUCACGUGAAGAUGGCGGAUGAGGCCGUCUGUGUUGGCCCAGCUCCCACCAGUCAGAGCUACCUCAACAUGGAUGCCAUCAUGGAAGCCAUUAGGAAAACGGGGGCCCAAGCUGUACAUCCAGGUUAUGGAUUCCUUUCAGAGAACAAAGAAUUUGCCAGAUGUUUGGCAGCAGAAGAUGUCGUUUUCAUUGGACCUGACACACAUGCUAUUCAAGCCAUGGGUGACAAGAUUGAAAGCAAAUUAUUAGCUAAGAAAGCAAAGGUUAACACAAUCCCUGGCUUUGAUGGAGUAGUCAAGGAUGCAGAUGAAGCUGUCAGAAUUGCAAGGGAAAUUGGCUACCCUGUCAUGAUCAAGGCCUCAGCAGGUGGUGGUGGGAAAGGCAUGCGCAUCGCUUGGGAUAAUGAAGAGACCAGGGAUGGUUUUAGAUUUUCAUCUCAAGAAGCUGCUUCUAGUUUUGGUGAUGAUAGACUACUAAUAGAAAAAUUUAUUGAUAACCCUCGUCAUAUAGAAAUCCAGGUUUUAGGUGAUAAACACGGGAAUGCUUUGUGGCUUAAUGAAAGAGAGUGCUCAAUUCAGAGAAGAAAUCAGAAAGUGGUAGAGGAAGCACCAAGCAUUUUUUUGGAUGCUGAAACUCGAAGAGCGAUGGGAGAACAAGCUGUAGCUCUCGCCAAAGCAGUAAAGUAUUCCUCUGCUGGAACCGUAGAGUUCCUUGUGGACUCCAAAAAGAAUUUUUACUUCUUGGAAAUGAAUACGAGACUUCAGGUUGAACAUCCUGUCACAGAAUGCAUUACUGGCCUGGACCUAGUCCAAGAAAUGAUCCGUGUUGCUAAGGGUUACCCUCUCAGGCACAAACAAGCUGAUAUUCCCAUCAACGGCUGGGCAGUUGAAUGUCGGGUUUAUGCUGAGGACCCCUACAAGUCUUUUGGUUUACCGUCUAUUGGGAGGUUGUCUCAGUACCAAGAACCAACACAUCUACCUGGUGUCCGGGUUGACAGCGGCAUCCAACCAGGAAGUGAUAUUAGCAUUUAUUAUGACCCUAUGAUUUCAAAACUAAUCACAUACGGUUCUGAUAGAACCGAAGCGUUGAAGAGGAUGGAAGAUGCACUGGAUAAUUAUGUUAUUCGAGGUGUUACACAUAAUAUUGCAUUACUUCGAGAAGUGAUAAUCAACUCACGUUUUGUAAAAGGAGACAUCAGUACUAAAUUUCUCUCUGAUGUAUAUCCUGAUGGCUUUAAAGGACACGUGUUAACUGAGACUGAGAGGAACCAAUUGUUGGCAAUAGCAUCAUCAUUGUUUGUGGCAUCCCAAUUAAGAGCUCAACAUUUUCAAGAACCUUCAAG